AUGGACGACGAUAGCGUGGCGCCUGUGCCAAACUUGAAAGUACAGCAGCACCUGUUUGUGGCGAUGCGCAAAGGGUCUACGGACGCUGUGCGCGCCGCCGCUGUCAAGGACCUGCUUGCCGAUAUUGAAAAAGAUGAAAUGCUUCCUUACUAUACAUUUCUGCUUGCGGACCCUGCCGUCAGCGCACAGGUCAGGCGGGACGAAGCGCUGAUGAAGCGGUUGCAGGAGAAAAAUGAGACCGAACUUGCGCGGCUCACCGAGGCACAGAAGAAGGCCGAGGAGAGCGAAGGCGAUUUGGAAUUGCAUACCGUGCUCCGUCAGCGCGCCACGUACCUUGCGCGCAUUGGCGACAAGGACGCCACGACUACCGCACUGGAUGAAGCGCUAGAGAAAGCGACUGGACUUGGCUCUAAGAUCGAUCUGGCGCUUCUAAAAAUUCGCGUGGGACUCUUUUUUGGCGACACAGACUUUACACAGGAAGGCAUUACGCGCGCCGCCGCACUUAUCGAGGAGGGCGGCGAUUGGGAUAGGCGUAAUCGCUUGACUGCAUACCGCGCCGUGUACGCGGCAUCCGUACGCAACUUUUCCGAGUCUGCGAAACUUGCGCUCGAGGCGCUGAGCACAUUUACUGCCACAGAGCUGCUCGACUACGAAGACUUUGUCAAGCUCACGAUCCUCAUGAGCAUGGUUACCCUUCCGCGCCGCGAGCUCAAAAAGAUGAUGGAGUCGCCGGAAGUACUGCAGACGAUCGACAGCUUGCCACAUAUGCGCGCAUUUACCUCGUCGCUGUACAGCAGCGAGUAUGCCGCAUUCUUCCGUGCGCUGGCCGACGUCGAGCAAUCGUACCUGCUUCCUUCGCGCAUUCUUUCUCUGCACACGCAAUACUACGUGCGCGAGAUGCGCAUUAUUACGUUUGCACAGCUGCUGGAGAGUUACCAUAAAGUCGCGAUCGAUAGCAUGGCGCAGGCGUUUGGCGUCACCCCUGCGUACAUCGAUGCAGAGCUCUCGCGAUUUAUUUCCGCGGGGCGUCUGCCUGCGGUGAUCGACAAGGUGGAAGGCACCAUCGAGAACCGCCGCCCGGACGUGAAGAAUGCGCAGUACAGCCGGAUCAUCAAGGAGGGAGAUGUAUUACUCAACUCGCUGCAAAAACUGUCGCGCACUGCCUUGUAG